AUGCUAAGCGGAAUAAUGUACCGCUGGCUUUUCCAAAACGAAUCGAUUUGGCAAUGUGUGUUUAGCUUUUGUUUGGGCGCCAUUUCGGUUGGAUGUGUUUGGUGCUAUCAGAAUUUGCCGGAUCAACUAGAAAUUGAUCCCGAAAGUUGGAUCGAACCCUGGAAUGAAGCCAUUAAACGACGUCCAAGUUGGAUUGGUGAAUUGCCGCGUGAGUUUUUUGCACAUCGUCGCAACACCCAUUGGCCCUGGGAAACGAUACGGCGGAAACUCUCGCGUGGGAGCAGCCUGUAUGCCAUGCCAGCCGAGGAUACAUUGGAGACAGAGGAAACCAAAGAGGUUGAAAAAACUGAAAAGGAAACGUGUAUUGGAAGCAUUUUUGGAUUGGAUGUAGGUGGAACACUGGCUAAAUUGGUUUACUUUGAAAAGAAACCAACCAAUUACGACCCCGUCAGUCCUCGAGAACGUCACUAUAACGUGGCCGCCUCGGCACAAGCUGUUUCAAUUGCUCGACGAGGUCAGGAUGCGAAGAGUCCAGUUCCAAGACGGCGGUCAUUUCCCAAUAUGGGGACGCAAACUGCAUCGAAAAAAGCCGCUUCCAACCACUCGACGCAUUCCGACUCGAGCGACGAAGACAUCAGGCAUCUUGACACUUUGCGACAAGAGUCCGUGCCUGAUGAUUUGUCACAAUACCGAAUAUCCGUUCAUUUUGAAACUCCCGAACGGCCAGCAGCUCGGAAACGACGAGAGGAAGGGUCUGACAAGGAAAAUAAAAACGACGAAAAUGGAUCUAGUGCUGAAAUUGGUGGAAAUAUGAAGAAAUCUCGAUCAAUGUUUGACCUUUCUGUAAAACAAAAGAAAGCAGAAGCCUUGGAUCAAUUUUAUAACUUUGCACGUCGGUUGGAUUCUUACCAAGACAGUGUCCGAGAUCACAAACUUUCCUUUUUCUCCCGGGAACUUGGUGGCGAGUUUCAUUUUAUUCGAUUUGAAACGAGGCGCAUGCCCAAUGCUAUGGAACUGAUUCGGGUCAACAAUUUGCACAAGAAUAUUUGCGAAAUGGGUGCAACAGGCGGGGGUGCCCACAAGUAUGCAGAGGAUUGGGAAAAGAGUCUGGGGAUCCGAAUGGACAAGCAGGAAGAAUUGGAUAGUCUUGUGGCAGGAAUGCAAUUUGUGCUGUCAACAGUGGUCGGAGAGUGUUAUACCUUUAGACCCAAACAAACCAAAGCUGUGGAUCACUCGGAUUCUUCGGAUCAGAUUGGAGCCCCACUGUUGGACGAUGCGGCCUCUGAAGCUUCAGAUGAUACGCUUAAUGGAGAGAAUCAAAAGAAUCGAGUGGAUGGCUGGUGGUGGUCCCGCAAAGUACAGCGGGAUGCUAUUUCCUACUCUUCGACCUAUCCUUAUCUAUUAGUUUCCAUUGGUACGGGAGUUUCCAUUUUGCGUGUGGAUGGCCCAAGAAAGUACGAACGUAUUUCAGGAUCGUCGAUUGGUGGAGGUACUUAUUGGGGUCUUAUUCGGUUAUUGACAGAUGUCGAAGAUUUUGAUGCUGUCAUGCGACUGGCCGAAAAAGGUGAUCCUGCUAAGGUGGACAUGAUGGUGGGCGAUAUCUAUGGAAACGAUAGUUCGGCUCUGGAAAAGCUGGGGCUGCCAUCGGAUAUUGUAGCUUCCUCCUUUGGAAAACUGGUGGCCAAGGAAGAUCCCGCCAGUGGAUUGAAACAAGAAGAUUUGGCCAGGGCUCUUCUUCUGAUGGUGACCAAUAACAUUGGUCAAGUCGCGUACUUGAAUGCACAACUACACAAGACAACUAGAAUAUACUUUGUUGGGAACUUUUUGCGCAGCAACAUGAUCUCGCAACGGCGGUUGAGUUAUGCCAUUAAUUACUGGAGCAAAGGAAAAAUGGAAGCUCUCUUUCUAGAACACGAGGGAUACUUUGGGGCGCUGGGCGCCUUUUUGGUGUCACAAAAUGUACCCAAUGUGGAAGAAGGACUUGGGGAAUGGAAUGAUGACGAUGGAAAGCGGAAACCGGACCACAGUCGUGAGCGACGUCAGACAAUGCGGCAUUUGCAAACAUUUGGUGGAUGA